GCCAGCAUUUGGGUAUAUUAAUAACCAGCCCAUCCAGCUAUGACCAACCAGCUCCCAGAAGCCUUCAGGAAAAUCCCUGGUUCCUCUUCUGAUGUCAUCACUUCCUGUUGCCUAGCGCCACCACAAACUCCCUCCUCCCCUCUCCUCACUUCUGUUCUCCAUCCCUCCCUCACUCACUGUACAUGCCACACAAUCAAUAGUCCCAACCACAGAACCAACUCAACCAUGUUACCCUCUGGGAAAGGGAGGGGAAAGAGAUGGCAUAAGAGAGAGACAGAGGGGGAGAGGAACAGAGCGAAACUAUCUGCAGACACAGACACACAGACAGACACAAAUAUCCAUCCAGACAGACAGACAGGCAGGCCUCGUUCCCUCCCCAGCAGAGAAAGAUGAGCUCUCAGACAUGCACAGACCCGGCCGCGGCCCCCUCGUCUGGCUCAGCCAUGGAGCUACGCUUUGCAGAGGACACUUCUCUCACUGAGGUAAUGCAGCUGCGUGUCCAGUCCCUGCAGCGGAGCGGUCAGAAGCGACAGGAGGGGGAGCGGUUGCUCCUCCCCCACGAGGCUGUUUACCGUCUGGACUUCUCCAAUCAGAAGCUGACGUUCAUCCACUGGUCGGUGUCUCUGAUUGGUCAUGGCAGAGUGACCGUCACAGGGAUCUCCCAGCUCUGGACCCCUGACCUCACACACCUGAUGACCCGGCAGCUUCUUGAACCCGUCGGAACAUUCUGGCGGAACGCUGGUGACCCGGAGGACACACCCCUCAAGUGUCUGGAGGCGGACAUCCAGGAGUUUGGGGAGCGAAUCGCGGAGCUGGCAAAGGUCCGAAAGGUCAUGUACUUCCUGCUUGCCUUCAAGGAGGGGGCGGAGGCUGACAAGGUCAGCAUCUCCAUGGAGUUCAAUCAGGCCUGACCUACAAACCUUAAAGGGAUACUUCUAGAUUUUGGCAAUGAGGCCCUCUGGAUACCAAAGUGUGUACUUUUCUGUGUCCAGUAUGAAGGAAGAUAGAGGUAGUUUUGCG